AUUAAUUAUAAAGAUGCUAUCAAAGAUAUUCUCAGCAAGAGUUAUCCCUUUCGUCGCUGGCAGUACAGUUAAAGCAGCCAGGAUGCCAAGGCUAAGAGCCUCUUCAGUAUUUUCAAACUCUUUUAUGCAUCAAAGAUCAGGUCACAGUUCUUCUCUUUUUAGAGUGAGCUCAAUGUCAUUUUCUACCAAGAAGCCUGACUUUGAUGAAGGCGAGCAAGCAGCCAUGGCUAGUGCUAAAGAUAUGCUCAGCAGUAUUGAAGGUAACUCUUUGCUCUUGAUUUUAUAGAGUCUGUGGUGGAACUCAAGAGCUAUGAUGAAUGGGCUGAUGUGGUCAUGAAAUCAAAGAAUCCAGUUAUUCUGGACUGCUAUGCUGACUGGUGUGGACCAUGUCAACAGCUCACACCUUUGUUGGAAGAAGAAGCCAUUAAAGCAAAUGGAAAAUUCAAAUUAGUUAAACUCAAUAUCGAUGAACUUCCUGAUAUUGCCAAUGGACUCAGUGUAAGAAGCAUUCCAGCAGUAUUUUUGGUAUCAGAAGGUAAUGUCAUGGAUACUUUUGUGGGAGUUCCAAACAGCGAACGUUUGAAAGAUUUUAUCAACACUGCAAAGCUGCUUGAGCAACUUAAGCAUGAUGAUAAAACAAUUGAGCAAAUUAUCAUUGCUGCUGAAGAUCAUGUCAGAAGCGGUGACUAUCACUCAGCAUCAGAGAUCUUCAGACAAUCUCUCUCAACUGCCAAACUGACUGAAGAUCAGACUUGCAAAAUGUAUCUUUAUGUUGCUUUUUGCUAUGCAAAAUUAGGCGAUGAUAUGCAAGCAAGAGAAUGGCAUGCUAAAUGGCAUGGAAAAUUCAGAACCCAUACACUCAAUGAUGAACAACAGAAGAUACUAGACCAAUAUGAGCAUACAAUGGAGGAGCUAAAAGCUAACGAAGCUGAGGAUGAAGUCUUGACCUCUCUUAUGGAAAAGUAUGAUCAAAUCUCAGCAGAUCCAUUAGAAGAAGGAGACAAUAAGAAUAAGAUGUGACAAGUCAUGUUUGACAUCGCAAAUCGUUACAUCUCUAAAGACAAGCAUGCAGACUCUAUAGACUAUCUUAUCGACAUCUUGGCUAUUGAUAGAAACUGGAACGAAUCUGCUGCCAUGAAGCUUCUUAUGGAAGUCUUCGCUAAGCUGGGUUCUAACAAUGAAAUCGUCAUUCAAAGUAGGAGAAAAAUGGCUAAAAUAUUGUUCUAA